AUGUCAAGCCCACUGGGUCUCUCGCAGUCCUACCCUCUCGUAGAUGAAGACGCUCUCGACGAGCGACUCAAUGAGCCAUCAACUGAAGACGACGCACAGCCGUCAACAUCGCAGCCGCAUCACAGCCCUCCUACUUCACAGGAAGAUCGCUGGCUAGGGAGUGAUCCCCUUUGGCUGCCGCCCAUGCUGUUUCACUCCAGUGAGUUCGAUAACAUCUCCACCUGCAAUAACGCACCACCGGUUACGGUCCAUGGUCCUGCCCUUCCCAGUGAUCAUCCGCACCAACUCUAUGAUGACUGGGGUGGCAUCGUGCAUCACGGUAGACCAGGCAUUGAAGAAACCAAAGAUGCGCAACCCCCGACGCUUGCGCAGCUUGCGAGAGAGAUGGCAGGGCUUGAGAAUGACGGUUUUGAUGUGGAAUCUACUGUGCAGUGUGAUGCUGAAGGACCGCAAUCCUUUGCAACAUGGCAGAUGGAUUCUUUUCAGGAAAGCUUGCAGCAUGGUCCGCAAUAUAUUAGAGAACUUUUUGCUGAGGAAGGAUGGUGGCCAUGGCAGGAUAAAGAAGUAAGCAAACUUGAGUUGAAGUUGGACGAGGCUAACCGCGAAAUAGCAUUGCUCGCUUGA